CCGAUUAAAGUCAUUUCAUUCUCUCUAUUUUGUAACGCCCAGAUCAAAACCAUGUUCAGUAUAUCAGAUUCAGUCCUUCCGCAAUCUUUCUUCAAUCUCUAAGAAAACCCUACGUAUAGCAUUCUCUCAAUUAUUCCCCAGUACUUCCACCUUUUCAUUAUGAUUUCAUGGUCGCUCCAAAUUCCCAUUCAAUUUCAGAAUUUCUGAAAUCAGUAACGGUUCCAGGUUUGCGCUAAUGAUGAGAUUUCCGCUCAGAUUGAUUUAUUAGUGAAAUUACACCAGAAGAAACGGACGUCAUGGAUUCAAUUGACUGCUGACUCUAUAAAUUGUCUCCAAAAAUCAUAGAACAGCAUCAGUCUCACCAGUUCGACAUCUGCCCAAACAAAGAAAGCAAUGGCAUCACAAGUUACCUGCAAACUUCAAAAGGUAGGAUCGUCAGCCACACAUGGCACACUCAAGAGCUUACGAUCGCUUGAUGAAGGAAAAACAAGAAUCAUUUCCGUCCGUGUUACCAGGAAAUGGGAAGAGUUGGAUUUCAUGUCGACCAACGAUGUUACCAGCGUUGAUAUGAUUAUCUCUGACGAGCAGUUAACAAUCAAGAUUAAAUGCACACCUAAAUUUAAAUACAUCAAUAAAAAAGUUAGAAUGUGCUAAAACAUUCAUUGGUACAGGGAGAAAAGUUGCAUGCCAUCAUACCCAAAAAUCUUAAUUGGAAGUUUGAUAAGCAGAUUCCGGAGGGUGUCUGUACUCUAUGCAGAAACUGCACUUGACCACUGCUAAACCCAAAUCCGUCCUGCACAUAAUGAGAAGCGGGGCUUCUUCCGGUGCACCACCUCCGUCACCGCUUUGGAUGCCUAUUCUGUGGCCAUUAUUCCCCAGAAAUUCUGUUUCACUGAGUUUGAAGCAUAGAAUCAAACCUUCAGAACAUACAUCUUACAGAUGUGGUUGGUUUCUUAUAGACAGCCACCAGCAUCCAGUUGCUUCAAAGGUUUGGUGGGCAAUCAAGCCAAAUGUGUGAGAUCACAAUUGAAAAUUUCAGGUGGCACAACUAUGAAAAUUGCUCUAUGGGGAUCUGCCGCCAACCAAGUAGGAAAUGACACAAUGGAUUGCGACUCCAUCCCCCGUCCUGUGUUGGUUGUCGUGUGCUCCACUUUUGUCAAGAACUACCAAGGGAGAAUCACCCUAUCUUCCACAAAUGCCACCAAAGUGUAUGCGGAUGCAGACAUACCCGAAGUUGUUGAAAUGCGAGAAAGACCACCUCGCGAUAUUACGGUACCAAUUAAGAAAGGAAAAAUACCAGUACAUAUCUAUCCUGACAACAGGAAAACAAUAUCUCAGCUGCUCUCUGCCAAAUGGGAUCUAACCUGCCAGGCCGCUAAUGUCCUCAUAUGUAGCGCCACCGCAACUCAUCCGCUGAUUGAAAAUGGGUUAUGGGUGAUGAUGGAGACCUUUGGUGCACUAAAUGUGAAUCCAGAGUUGAAAUGCCUAUCGCAAGGUUCAUGGUCCGCUUUGAGGUGGACCACCACACUGGAACCACAGUCUUUGUAGCCUGGAUGGUGAAGUCCAAAAAUUGUCCCGUUCUACCGCAGCUGAGCUCAUAGCGGCGUCAGAGGUAAAGCGGCGAACUCUGUUUUCACAAAAAUGGAGUUAUGUCUUAUUAUUUUCCCGUUUAUCAUUCAACUCUUAGCAUCGCAGGAUAAUGCAAAUUCUGCGGUAAAAUUUGGAUUCUCACAUAUACUUCAGCAAGCUGUUGAUUUCCUAAUUACUCUCAAUUCCUUCAACAUGAAGCUGAAAAUACCAACCAGUUUCACCGUUACCCGCAUUAACUCCCCUGGCAAAGGUGUUUUUGCGACUGAAAGUUGAAGGGAAUUCAAACACUGUUGAUGAACCACAUGCAAAGAAACCUCGCCUUAACGAAACAACUGAAAUGGAGGAUAAUAAGGAUGAAGUUGCUGAAUUAUUUCCGCCUCGCCAACGCAAUAUAAUUGAAUAAGACAUUACCUGAAUCUUUAUUCAGUGUUGUUAUUUGUUUUAUGUUUUCUUUGUUUGAACUCAGUGUUGCGCAAUAUACUUCCAGCCUUUAUAAUAGUUAUGCUUAACUAUCAGGUUAUGCAAUUCAACAAUAUGUCUUUUGUUAUAUAAGUUUCAAAACGUUAAAUAUCCGCAGUUCAAGAUGAUACUUUAUAU